AUGUUUGUAGAAAAGGUACAGGUGACUACUUCAUUAAAUGUUACCAAGUUGAUCGCCCAUGACUCUGUUGAUGAGAUCCGUGAGUUUUGGAGAAGGUACUCCACAAGCAACUUGAAGGUGAAAAAAUACACUUCAAAUUCAAAAACCGUCGUCAAGACGGAACUAGAUGAGUUGCUGUCGGGUGAGAAACAAGUUUCCUCGGUGUUUGCUUUGUUCGAAACUAAAGAGGCCAAGACCAUGUGGGUAUGCGCUUUGAUUGACUCGAUUGUGGACAACUGGUGGUAUUUUGCUUGCCGAAGUUGUAGCAGCAAAAUGAUUAAUUCAGACAAUGGCUUCAAGUGUCCCAAAUGCUCAAAAGAAGUCGGGAAGUUUAGGUACAAGAUGAACUUGCUCAUAUCGGAUGCUACUGCUAAUGGGACUUUUGUUUGUUGGGACAAAGAGUCAGAAAUUCUUAUUGGCAAACCAUGCCAUGCUUUGAGAUCUGAAUCUAUGCGCAAGGAUGAUGAUGGUGAUGAGGAGGUUUCUACACCUCUAAAGAGGGCAAAGGAAAUAGAGAGGUUUGGUGAUUCAUCUGCAAAGCGAAACUUGAGUGAAACAUUUGAAAACGAGGAUCCUAAACUCAUGUUGUCUACAACAACUGGUAAAGGAAAGGCCAAAGUGUGA